GACUCCGUUCUGCCGUCGUCGCAGACUCUGUAGCUCUUUGGCCUCUUCUACUUUAGAUCUAAACACAACAAGAACAUUAAGAAAAAUGUUUGACUGGAGCGGACCACAGAGCGGUGGUUUUCAUUGGCUUUCGUACGACACGGUAGUCAAGAGCAGAUGGCCUCAAAACCCCCACUGGUUUGUCCCUGGAAGGGGUAUGUUUGUGCAGACACAGGACACACCAAACCCAAACAGUCUCAAGUUUCUGCCCGGACGUAUAGUUCUUGAGUCGGGGACUAUGAAUUUUGCUGGGCCACGUGAUGCUUACACAUCUCCCUUAGCCAGACAGCUGUUUAGGAUUGAUGGCGUCAAGAGUGUCUUCCUGGGUCCCGACUUCAUCACCAUAACCAAGGCUGAUGAAAAUCUGGAAUGGAAAGUAAUCAAACCCGAUGUAUUUGCUGCCAUUAUGGACUUUUUCACCUCUGGGCUUCCUGUCGUCAAUGAAGAUGCCAAACCGAGUGAAGAUACUGCACCAUCAGAUGAGGACGAUGAGGUAGUUGCAAUGAUCAAAGAACUUCUGGACACUCGAAUAAGACCCACGGUGCAGGAGGACGGCGGAGAUGUUGUGUAUCGAGGAUUUGAUGAUGGUGUGGUUAAACUGAAGCUGCAGGGAUCCUGCACCAGUUGCCCCAGCUCUAUUAUCACAUUGAAGAGUGGAAUCCAAAACAUGCUGCAGUUUUACGUCCCUGAGGUUGAAUCUGUUGAGCAGGUGAAGGAUGAGGAGGAGGAGGAGGCUGCUCAAGUGUGACCGACGUUCAACAAGGACAACUUGAGCACAUUCCUCCUUGCCCUGGCCAAUAAUAUGCCUAGUGGGAGUAAUCAUCAUCCAUGGUUACUGAUAUAUCAACCGUCAUACUAGUUUUCUGUACAUUAAACACAUAUUUCAAGACAAGAAUGUAUUUGUCAUCACAGUUCCCUCUAGCUAUUCCAAAUGGCUUUCAUAUUUGAACCGCACAAUAUUUAUGUGAAUAAAAUAAUCGUUAUGUU